UUUCCACGAAGUCUUUUCUUUUUACGUUUAGUUUCGUUUACUUUAAUUUGUAUACAAAGUAGGCCAACUUAAUUCUGGUGCCAAUGGAAGAAAAUAAUGGACAGGAUCAGUUCCAUGAAGCUUCAAAGGCUAAGUACGAUUGUCUUUUGUUUGAUCUUGAUGACACCCUUUAUCCUUUUAGUUCUGGUAUGACAGUCCAGAUCGGAGAAAAAGUUAUAGAGUAUGUGGUACAAAAGAUUGGUAUAGAAGAUGUGGCUAAGGUCCGUGAAUUGUGCCUUGCGUUAUAUAAGACUUAUGGAACAGUAUUGGCUGGUUUCAAGGCAUUUGGACAUGAUUUUGACAAUGAAGAGUUUAAUAGUUUUGUACAUGAGGCAUUGCCAUAUGAUGAUGUACUGAAACCAGACCCUAUUCUAAAGGACAUUUUACAAAACCUGCCUCUCAGAAAGAUUAUUUUUACAAAUGCAGACAAUGCUCAUGCCGUUAGAGUGCUUAAAAGGCUUGGACUAGAGGACUGCUUUGAGAGAAUCAUAGACUUUGACACUUUGAAUUCCUCUAAUAAUAACAUAAUGGAUCCUGCUCAUGAUUACCAACAUGGCAUUGAUGGUGAAUCAAAGCCAGUUAGUGCAAGAAUAUGUGAGAUUUAUGAGUAUAUGAAAAACCCUCCUGAUUCUUCUUAUAUAGACACGGUGCUUCCUAGGACCCCGGUUGUCUGCAAGCCCUUUGAAUAUGCAUUUCAAAAGCUUUUCAAGAUUGCUAAUAUUGACCCCCAAAGAACACUGUUCUUUGAUGAUAGUAUCCGCAACUUACUGAUGGCCAAAAGCUUUGGCAUUCACACUGUCGCAGUGGGUACUUGCAUUGAAACUGCAGGAGUAGAUCAUUCAUUGAAGAGCAUCCAUGAUAUCAGGAACGCAUUUCCAGAGCUCUGGAAACAACGCCCAUGAAACCUCGUCUUUGGAAUGAUUUUACAUGCAAAUUAAACGUAAUAUCUCAUCAAA